AUGGCUUUUACACCCGUUGCCAGGCCGUCUGGCAAGUUUGCGCAUUGGAAUACGUUCCCUUUCAUGACCGCCCCGAAAACUAAAUAUUACUCCGCUCAACUCCAGUCGCCACUCUUUCGUCUUCCUCGAGAGGUUCGAGAUGUUAUUUACGAAUACUACCUUCUCGAGAAUGACGGUUACCACUACGACAGCGAGAUCGACAAACUGCUGUACCACAAGCCGUCAAUAUCGCCUAAGCAAGUCGUUCGGCUAGGUCUACGGAUCACAUGUCGCAUCGCUGCAGAAGAGAUGAGAGACAGUGCCAUCGGAAAAAUCCACUUCUACCCCAAGCGUUCAUUCAAUGACGGGAAAGAAUACAUGAACCGACAGAAAUGUCGCAUACUAGUAUGCGCUGCCGAGUUACUACACCCUGACGAUCUGGUCGACAUAGACAGCCAAUUCCCCACAGUCAAGCACUGGUUCCACGCACCUCUGAACCAGGCAGUUACACAUCGAACGGACGAGCUUGGUACAUCGGAUGACAGUUGCAAAGAAGUCCUUAGCCAGUCGUUCAGCGAUGCUCUCCAACAUGCACUAGUACUAGCGAAAAACCGACAUCCGUCAAGAUUUGCAGAGCUUACACGUGAGACCUUCGGUCUCGGUGACUGUCCCAUCAGAUCGAGUACGUUAGGUUUCGUGCAGAACAACCUAUUCGUACAGGGAGCUCUAUCCGACAUAUAUCACUGGCAUCCUACGCCGUGGUCCAUCCCGGGAGAUAAAGAGUUGUCAAAACUUGAAAGACUUAUUUGUGAGCCUGGCGAUUUAGACAAUUUGCUCCCAACUACAGACGAAGGCGUCUUCUACUUCCCCGAUAUCACAGAACAUUUCCAUGCUGCGCGUUACCGUUGGUACUUUUCUGCUGCCGCUGUGGCGAUUGAGUUUUGCUCUGAUUAUGUGUCUGGUUACGAAGAGGAGUGCAUUUACAGUGAAGACUGUUUCGAAGUGCUGAUUCCAUGGAUCGAGGAAGCACUUCUGCUACCAUCCCUUGGGAUGCCUGUGCAGUCAUUUCAACUUGUUGUAGAUGGCGAUGCAAGGGAAUCUUCAGAGUUCUGGCACAUGCUUAAAUACGCUGCCGCUACGCAGCAGGCCCGAUACAGGGGGCUACAGCUCAACGGUAUAGACCUGCCCACCGGGGAGUUGCGCCCGAUGUACGAUGGUGAUUAUGCAGUUUGGGACUUCCCUUCAGGAUUCGCAAGCAUGGUCCGCGAUAUCUGUCAGGGUAACUCAAUCGUAAGGUAUAAUGGAGACGUGGGCGAGCUUUGGGACGAAGACAAAUUCUUCUCCGAAAGGAAGGAUUGGACAGAAUUGCAAUGGGAGACGGACUGGAAUGAGACCAUCGACCAGGGCAUCGUCUCGAACUUCUGGCCGAAGGUUUCAGAGCGUUAUCUCAAGGGACGCUCCCCAUACUAG